UGGAAGUGUUGAUGGAGGAUCCAGUGUGAGGAUCCAGUGUUUGCUGCCCGGAGGAUGCGCUCCGACCGCGGCUCCAGGACUUCAGGCGUCUGCUGCUGCUUCUGGAUGCUGCGGUUCCUCCUGCUCCUCUGAAAGCCAUGGCUUCUGAAGUUGUGUGUGGUUUGGUCUUCAGAGUGCUGUUGCCGGUGUGUCUGGCGGCAGCAUGUCUGUUCAGGUUCAAUGGGCUGUCCUUCAUCUACCUCCUCUUCCUCCUCCUUAUCCCGCUGUUCCCGGAGCCCUCCAGCAUCACUAUGAGAGGCCACACGGGGCACUUGCUGAAGUCUUUAUGCUGCUGCAGUGUGACCUUCCUCUUCUUCCACAUCAUCUAUCAAAUCACCGUCCACAGUUUGCUGGCGAGAAAAGACAUCGAUUCUGGAUUCAACUGUUCGGUGUGGGAGAAGUCAAUACGACCGAUUGGUUUUGAGAGCAGUCUGCCAUCCUGCAGAGGCUCCAAACUUCACCCUGAUCCCAUGACGAGCCCAAAGCAGAUUAAAGCGGCGCUCUGGACAGCGAUUCCUCAGCCGCUCACCGCGCUCUCGCCCCCUCAUCCGAUUAAGUGCGGUUUGCUGAGUACGGGAAUCUCCACCUGCACCUCUUUCCAAGCAGCGCUGGUCGGACGCCUCCAUCAGUGGCAGGAAGCUCACAGUAAAUUGUUUAUUCUCAUAAUUGAGCUGUCGUACCUGGACAUGCUGAAGGUGAUCAUGUUCAGUUACCUGUUCUGGUUCGUCCUGACCAUCAUCUUCAUUACGGGCACCACGCGGAUCAGCAUCUUCUGCAUGGGAUACCUGGUUGCCUGUUUUUACUUCCUGCUGUUCGGUGGCCAACUCUUACUCAAGCCAAUCAAAGAGAUCCUCCGUUACUGGGACUUUCUCAUCGCCUACAACGUUUUCGUCAUCACCAUGAAGAACGUCUUUGCAGUGAAUUUGGCAUGCGGCUACAUCAACUCUUUGGUGAAGAAUAACUGCUGGUUAAUUCAGCUGCUCAGUCUCGCCUGCACCAUUAAAGACUACCAACCCAAAACAGAUCUGCCUGGAGUUGCCUGUGAGUUGCCGAAAGACGAGGCCGGGAUCAUCUGGGACAGCAUCUGCUUCACCUUCCUCCUCCUGCAGAGACGAGUCUUCAUGAGCUACUAUUUCUUGCAUGUGAUCGCUGACAUUCGAGCCGGACAGAUUCUUGCAUCCCGAGGAGCUGAGUUGUUUCAGGCCAGUAUUGUAAAGGCUGUGAGAGCUCGUCUGGAGGAGGAGAAGAAAUCCAUGGAGCAACUGAAGAGACAGAUGGAUCGUAUUAAGACGCGUCAGCAGAAGUUCAAGAGAGGAAAAGAGAAGAUGCUCAGCAUAGCCCAGGAGUCUGGAGAUGGACAGAAACUCAUCCCACCAGAAGAAAAUGAGGAGGAGGAGGAUGAAGAAAAGAAAAACAAGGUGCAAAAAAAGCAGUGGUGGAGGCCUUGGGUUGACCAUGCGUCCAUGGUUAGAAGUGGUGAUUAUUACCUGUUUGAAACUGACAGCGAAGAGGAGGAGGAAGAGGAGGAGAAAAAAGAUGAAGAGCCUCCCAAAAGAUCAGCCUUUCAGCGAGCGAUCAGAAAGUUUGCUACGGCCCUUGUUGCUUUACCCAGAUCAGUCAUUAAACUGCCCAAAACUGUUCUGCAAUAUUUAAUAAGGGCGGCCAAGUUUGUGUAUCAUACCUGGAUCGCUGAAUCUAAAGCAGCUCUGAAAGAAAGAGGAAAAGGCAAGCGUUUCUGGAAGCGAUACGGUCGCCGGCAUAAAAAAGACAAGAAAGAAGAACAUGUGGCGAUAGAGAUCGGUGAAGACGAGCGUCAGAGUUCAGAAGAGGAGAAAACAGACGGACCAGACAACAUCAUCAAGAGAGUAUUCAACAUCAUCAAGUUCACCUGGGCUCUGUUUCUGACCACCGUGGAGAGCAUCACCAAAUGGCUGAACUCCGUCUGCAGAGAAUAUAUCGACAUCUCUACUGUCCUGCGCAUCGAGCGCUGCAUGCUGACCAGAGAAGUCAAAAAGGGCAAUGUGCCGUCCCGAGAGAGCAUCCAUGUGUAUUACCAGAAGCAGAUGAAGCUGAAUGGAUCUCGUGAAUCUGGUCUGGACCGCAUCAGUGAGGAGGAUUCAGCCUCAAACAGAGAGCGCCGCAGACGCACACAACACAGUCUGGAUUCAUUCGCUUCCAGAGACAGUAUCUCCAGCGCAUACACCGAAGCCACCAUGCUGUUUUCCCGCCAGUCCACCUUAGACGAUUUGGACGACAUGCCUCAGAAUAUUCCCAAAACCAGCGAACGCGCUCGACCCAAACUGCGCAAAAUGUACGGCCUGGACAUGUCCAACUCCUCUGCGGACAGCGGAAGCAGCGUCAUCUCCAGUGAAGCUACUCAGUGCGUCACGAUGUUUUCUCGGCAAGGAACCAACGACACAAUCGACGAGGCCGAAGACGAGCGAGAACAGCUGGAGCACAAGCAGAAAACAGAAGAAGCAGAGCGCAGAGAUGAACCUGAGGAGGAAGAGCAACAGGAAGUGGAAAUAAGUGAUCAGGGGAAGCAGGAAGUGUUACCUGUGAGCCAUCUGGUGACACACGAAGUGAAAGAGGACGGGUUACCUGUGAGCGAUCAGCUGACUGGGGAAGUGACUCUGGAAGUGGAAGUAGUUAAGGAAAUGGAAGAGGAAGUGGGAGAGGAAGUAGAAAAGGAAGUUGGAGCAAAAGCGGAAAAGGGAGAGGAAGUGGAAAAGGAAGUGGAAACGGAAGUGGGAGAGGACGCGGAAAAGGAAGUGGAUGAGGAAGUGCAGUGGGACUUGGUGGAUCCAGAGGAAGCAGACGAGUGUGUAAGUGAAGAUGAGGACGGUGGAGAGCGGAUGCAGCAGGAUGAAGGUGAAUGGUCAGGAGUGGAGAAUGUGGUGAGUGGUCCGCUGUUCACGCCAGACACUGACGCGCCCAACACGUCUGACGCUGACGUGCCGCCCAGCUACAGUAAAGCGGUGAGCUUCGACCGGCUGUCUGUGAGCUCGGACGACAGUGACAGUGACAAACGGCUGAUGCUGAUGACACCUGACAGCAAAUCUGACCUGGACGACCCUCUGCUGCCCUCCAUGACCACCGAUAUGACCGCCAGCGAACUACUGCUCAACAAAAUGUUCUACGAUGAGAUGCUGGACAGCUCGGAGCGAUUCUACAAGUCUCAGCCGCUGGGUCUCCAGCUGUGUUACGCUCUCUACAACCUGCUGGUGGCUCACUCAGAGAUGGUGUGCUAUCUGGUCAUCAUUCUCAACCACAUGAUCUCCGCCUCCAUGGCCACGCUGGUGCUGCCCAUCCUCAUCUUCCUGUGGGCCAUGCUGUCCGUCCCACGACCCAGCAAGAGGUUCUGGAUGACCGCCAUCGUCUACACUGAGGUCACCAUUGUCAUCAAAUACUUCUUCCAGUUCAGCUUUUUCCCUUUCAACCAGAACCUGGAGGUGAACAAGGGCAAGCCGUACCACCCGCCCAACAUCCUGGGCACAGAGAAGAAAGACGGAUAUGUGCACUACGACCUGGUGCAGCUGCUGGCUCUCUUCUUCCACAGAUCCAUACUCAAGUGUCAUGGUCUCUGGGACGAGGAUGACCCUAAAGUGUCCCGUAAGGAUGAGUGUCCUCGGCAGGAUGAGUCUGUGGAUGAGGGGAAGCUGUCGGUGGUCAUGUCACCUGAUGAAGAGAGGAAGAGUUCUCCGGCGUAUUCACUCAAGUCUUUGAAUCUGGGGAUGUCUGUGGACUCAUCGCAGGUUCACGUACAGAUGCGUUAUCCAGAACAGCGGCCGUACCUGCGCAGACAGAGCACUAGCGGAUCACACUUCUCCCACAGAUCCUCCGCACGCUCCAAACGCGGCAGCACAAGCACACGCAACAGCACCCAUCGGGAAAACAGCACAACAGAGCCAGAAGUACCACAGAAGAGCCGGAAAGAAAUGAUUAUGGAGAAAAUCAGAGAGCAGCUCAUCAAAGCAAAGGUUUACCUGCUCAAAAGAUUGGUUGAGUUUUAUCAACCCAUCCGUCAGUUCUUCUACAACCUGGUUCAUCCCGAGUACAGUGCUGUGACGGACGUUUACGUCUUAAUGUUUCUAGCAGACACUGUGGAUUUCAUCAUCAUCGUCUUUGGCUUCUGGGCAUUUGGGAAACAUCAGGGCGGUGCUGACAUCACUUCCUCCCUGUCAGAGGACCAGGUUCCUGGGCCAUUCCUCGUCAUGGUUCUCAUCCAGUUUGGGACGAUGGUAGUGGAUCGAGCCCUGUAUCUGCGCAAGACAGUCGUGGGAAAAGUGAUUUUUCAGGUCAUCCUGGUGUUCGGCAUCCAUUUCUGGAUGUUUUUCAUCCUGCCGGGAAUCACAGAGAGGCGCUUCAGUCAAAACACUAUCGCUCAGCUCUGGUACUUUGUGAAGUGUAUUUACUUCGGCCUGUCAGCCUAUCAGAUCAGAUGUGGAUAUCCAACCCGCAUCCUAGGAAACUUCCUCACCAAGAGCUACAACUACGCCAACCUCUUCCUUUUCCAGGGUUUUCGUCUGAUCCCAUUCCUGACGGAGCUGCGUGCGGUGAUGGACUGGGUUUGGACGGACACCACGCUCAGCUUGUCCAGCUGGAUCUGUGUGGAGGACAUCUAUGCUCACAUCUUCAUCCUCAAAUGCUGGAGGGAGUCUGAGAAGCGUUACCCUCAACCGCGCGGGCAGAAGAAGAAGAAGGUGGUGAAGUAUGGGAUGGGCGGCAUGAUCGUGAUGCUGCUGAUCUGCAUCGUCUGGUUUCCCCUGCUCUUCAUGUCUCUGGUCAAAUCUGUGGCAGGAGUGGUUAACAAACCUCUGGAAGUGUCCGUCUCGCUCACGCUCGGAGGACUUCAGCCGAUCUUCACAAUGAGUGCCCAGCAGAACCAUAUCAAAUCCAUCAAUGAGGCAGAAUUUAAGAGGUUCACAGACCACUACAAGUCUAAUGCAAAUGCCAUCAUGUUCCUGGAGUCUUAUUUUCCUGAGGAUUUGACAAUAGCACAUCUAGAGGGAAGUUCAAACUCGCUCUGGACCAUCAGCCCCCCGAGCAAGGAAAACCUGAAGAAUAUGCUCAAUGACACGAAAGAGCCGUUUCCUCUCACCUUCACCUGGUCCAUUCAAAGGAACCUCAGUUUAGGUGCCAAAGCUGAAACUGCAACGGGGAAAUACUUCAUUGAGCUGGACGACGAGACCAGAAAAGGUCUUACUGAUCAACUGGGGAAUAGCAGCCAGCGUGUGACAAUCAAAAAAAUAUUUCCAAGAUACAUCAGAGCACCAAGCGACUCCAAUGCCAAACCUAUCGACCAGCUUUAUAAUGAUGGAGAGUACAUGGACAUCACACUGUUUUUAAAUAAGAAGAACAGCUCAGAAGGCGUUCAGGAGUGGUGGAUCGUCAAUCAGACAGAUUCAGGUCCAUUACCUGGACUCAACGGGACUCAAAAUCAGUCUGGUCUUCAGAUCUACAUCAUCAGUGACCAAGUCAGUCCACCCAGUCUGGGCUUUCUGGCUGGAUACGGGAUCAUGGGUCUGUACAUGUCAGUGGUUUUGGUUAUCGGGAAGUUUGUGCGCGAGUUCUUCAGCGGGAUCUCGCACACCAUCAUGUUCGAAGAGCUCCCAAACGUGGACCGAAUCCUCAAACUCUGCACCGACAUCUUCCUGGUCCGAGAGACGGGCGAACUGGACCUGGAGGAAGACCUCUACGCCAAACUCAUCUUCCUCUACCGCUCUCCAGAAACCAUGAUCAAAUGGACCAGAGAGAAGAGUGAGUAAAAAUAAAAAUGAAGACGGCGGAGAUCCUCCAAACUAACAGAGAGAAGCUUCAAACCUGAAUUCAGCUCUUGAACUGGAAGAUCCUCCAAACUAACAGAGAGAAGCUUCAAACCUGAAUUCAGCUCUUGAACUGGAAGAUCCUCCAAACUAACAGAGAGAAGCUUCAAACCUGAAUUCAGCUCUUGAACUGGAGAUGCGUAUCUCUUCAUGCUAACUGAUGAAACAGCACUCACGAUGUGUGGCUUUCGUCCACUCGCUAGUGUUUUUAAAGGGCUUCGACAAAGGCAUGCGCCACUUUGAAUCUGACUUGGACCUUUGGGAGUGCAUGCGACGUGAGGAUUUUCCCUCAUAGAUGAGAAAUACUGAGACUUUUGGAUUUCGAAGCCAUAGGUGGCGCUGUGAAUUACGUGACAAUCUCGAUUUGCCUUAUUUCAUUUGUACAAUCAAACGCAUCAUUAUUCACUACUUUCUCAGGAAUACAUACGGAUCAUUUCAUGACGACGGGAUAUCAAAGUUUCUUUUUCCUCACGUGCGACAAAGUGUGUCCCAGGAGGAGCGUACUGUACGCUACAGUAAUACAUUUUCUCCUUUGAGACUUUAAGGAGAUUUUAAUUUAUGAACAUACUUGGGACAUUAUAAGGACUUUCAUUGUUUUAUAAGACUUGAAGUGUAAUUAUUAUUAUUAUUUUUCGUAACAAAAGGGAGAUUAUCAUGUUAAAGUUACCAACGAAUCAGUUUCAGCCACUCUGGAUUAUUGUUUUUUUUUCAGAUUUAUUCGUGAAACAAAGCGAUUGUUCAGUGUUUUUGUUUAUUUAUUGAUUCGUUCAAGUGAUUUUAUGAAUGAGUUACAUUGAAACUUGUUCAGAACUUAAUUCGAACAUUUCUAUGUAAGUCCAUGAUUUUUUUUGUAUUUCCAAAACAUUGUUCAGAACACAUUUGAACGUGUUUCUGUUCAUUUUAUCAUAAAUCUAGAUUAUCUUUGACUAUUUUCCUCCUCGAAAUGUAUGAAAUGUGAGCAAUUUUUUAAAUUAAUACAUUUUAUUCACAUAAGAAAUGAAUUAAUUUAUAAAUUCAUUAAUUUAAACGUGUGUAUAUAUAUUUUUAAUUAGUUUUGAAUGUAAGUCCAGGUAAAUUUCUUUUUCAAUAUUUUUACAGAUUUUUUUCUUUCAAAAUGAAUUUUUGAGUGAAGUUAAUUUAUAAACUACCUUCGAGAGGAUCACGGGCUUAUGAUUGACCACGGCUGGUCCCGCAUUAGCUAGCACAUGAUCCACCAUUCAGAUGAUUGGUCCAUCUAACUCACUAUAAGUAAUUGGGCCGCUAAACGAUGCCAUCGUCCAUCGCCGAUGGCCGAUAGACACUAUGAUGCUGAGCCAGCAUCACGAUCCUCUUCCCCGCCCCGUCGCAAAUCCGCUCACAAAAAUAAACACUAAGGCACCAUUUACUCUGAUCUGAAAACUAAAAAAAAAUCCACAUCCACUCUGUCGUUUCACCUAGCAUUUCUGAAGAGCUCUCCCAUCCACACUACCGCUGAAAACGCACAUCACGCGACCACACACACACACUGUCAUGCGCUGGUGACAGCGGGUCCAGGCAGUCAGUGGGUCAGUACACUGCUUCAAUCUUUCGCUUUCACACUUGUACUUAGUAAUUUUAGCGAAGACCUCAGAUGCUGUUGGUUGGUUCAUGUUGGUCGUGCACCUUUUUUACCAACCAAGUUUGUUAACGCCGUUAUAACGACACAGAUCACUCUGCCUAUUCAUGCCAGAGUCCUGUGGAAAAAGUGAUUGACAGGUGGUAAUUUGUGUGUAACUUCUCUUUAUUUAUUUAUGAUUUGGUUAUGGGUAAAACAAAGACCAUGCGGGUCAGGUAGUUGAAACGGUAGGCUACAAAUAAUUAAUUCAUUAUGAAUUAAUGUAUUAUUCAUAAAUAAUAGUUCACCGCCGCCUAUGACGACGAUGCCAUCAUCUAUCACGAUGUUUGAUAUUAGACAUCGUACGAUGCCAAAUUGGUCAACAUCGCCCGACCCUACUUCCACCCCUACUCCUCCUGCCUUUUCCUAGAUAUGGCGGCAUGACGGCCCAGUGGUUAGCACUGUUACCUCUCAGCAAGAAUGUUCAAGACCUUACCAGGCCAGUCAACGUUUCCUUGCGGAGUUUACAUGUUCUUCCCAUGCUCAUGUCACUUAUGUCUCAGUCCAAAAACAUGCGACUAAAGUGAAUUGACCAAACCAAAUUGACACCAUAGAUGAGCUCUUAGUCAGCAGUAUAUCUCUCCAUAGCAAUCCCUAUAAUCUGUUAUAAGCCAUAACUAAGCCAGGGGAGUUCUCGAGUUCUUCCUGAGCUCAAACUCCCCUCUCACCCUUCAAAUGGGAGGGAGCCACGGGCUCGAGGAUCUUCUAAGCUCAGGGCUUUCUCCCGAGACAACAUGCCAAACACACUUUAUAAUCAAUCAUCAGCUAAGUGUGAACUCUUUAAUGUGCUUUUGUGUACAAUGGUCUCUCGUUUGUCGUGUGAGUUACAUUCUAAAAAUAAUCCACGAUAGGCAAAAUCCGUGAAGUAGUCAGCUUUAUUUUUUACAGUUGUUAUAGAUGUUUUAAGGCUGUAAAACGCCUCACUACACACUUCAUACACUUUUCUCAGUCAGGCGUUAACAUUUUCACUCUUCUCUCUUGUUUAAACACUUUCAAAGUUCAAACCUUCGUAGAAAAAUAAGUCCAGUAUUACAGAAUGAAACUAAAGAUCAAAACCUGUCAGGCACAAACAUUCAUCGAUGUCAGCAAAGGGUCCAUAUGCGGAUAAUGUUGGCGUCCAGCAUAAUGUGCUUUUUCCUGCAGUCACUCAUCCACAAAGCUACAGCAGACUCCAUCCUUAAGGGGGUUGCACACCAGAUGCGCCACGCACAUGACAGUUGGAAGUAACACACACCAGAGGUGUACAUUUGCAUGUAAUUUAAAGACAGCCUCUUUCUUGGAAUGCUGGUGUGCAUACACUGAUAUAAACCUAUGUUUGCAUGGGGCUGUGUGGCGCAUCAUGGCGCAGCACAUCUGGUGUGCGACCUCCUUUACGAUGGUCUUGCUGUGGACAGUUACAUCCCUGUUGAAACUAAUGUUAAUUUGUCAAGCUGAACGCAUUCUGUACUGUACAGUUGACACGGAGGAGAUUGACUCACAAUGGUCUACAGCCAAUCAGGACGCAGAACACAAUGCGCUGUUGAAAAAAAAAACAUGUCAAAUUCGCAACCAAACAAUCUGCAGACUGCGAAAAGUGAACUGCAUUAUAGCGAGGGACCACUGUACAUUUCUUCAACGAUCCAAAGCAUUUAAGUACAAAUUCAGGACAGAAAUUUGUUUGUUUUUUUGUUUACAACUAAUUAUUUACGCUAAAUUCUUUAGAAUGAAUAACUGAAUCAUUUUUUUUAUACAUUUUUUUUCUCUUUGUAUAUUUGAUAAAAAUCAUGGGAGGAAAAGUUUCAUAAAAUCACUUGAAAGCUGAACAAUCACAAUGCAACAGCUGCGUAAAAAUACUUUCGGAAUAUCGUAAACAAGUUGAUUCUGGUCAUUCAUGAAACUGAGCACUUUUCAUUCUGCUCAUGUUUCACGAAUGCACCUUUGUCAGCUCAUGUUGGAAGUAAAUGACGAAUAUUAGAUAUUAACCGAUGGACUGCAUUCUUGAAGGCAUGAUGGGUUGAUUGUCAGAUAGAGAUAUUAAAUACGCAUUGGGAGUUGGUUGUACAUGGGGAAUAACCUCACUCACAUUUGUACGACAUACUAGUAUUUAUUUGAGCAAUACGACGGCGGGGAGAUCAUAACGGACACUGAACUCAUUUUUUUGGUACAUUUUAGCGGCCAUACUCAGGACAGAGCUUUGAGUGGAUCAGGGUUUGCUGGAUUUACUGUAUGAUGUGAGCCGGCCGGUCGGGUUGUGCCCAUGCUAGAGGAGAAUAAAUAUUGUUUCGAGUCCAUCUCUGAACUAUGCAUUAAAGACAAUGUAGCAUGAAUGAAAAAAAUUAUUAAUAAUAAUGUUUGACAUGAAACGCUUUCAUUACAUUUUGUGUGCAGAACAUUUCCUGCAACAUUACAGUGG